AUGAACGACAUGCUCUCACCCGACAUGAUCAGCCGGUUUCGCGACCUAAAGCUGCUGGAAGCAGGUGAAGGACCUCGACCCGAUCCACCCCAGCACGAGGAUGGACUGCCGCGUCACCAGCGUGCCCUCGGGGCACAAUCUGCCGCCACCAAGUCACAGUUUAUUCCGGCCAUCUGCAACUUUCAAACGGCUCGGAAAAUGGCACAGGAAAACCUCGAACACCAGCCGCUACCGGAUGCGGUCAUCGACAUUGCAUUCCGCAAGGCACAAGCGGCCGGUUUUCCCAACCCGGGCAUGGAACUAAGUGUCGGACCGUACGCCACAGGUGUCGGUUGCAAGAACUACAAGGCAGGUCCAACCAAAUGCACCAAGUACCGGGUGUAUCGGCCAAAGACGUGUGGCGUCAUUCCGAAGGUUCCGAGUGCGCUGGACACCUUCGAUCGGCCGGAAAGUGUCCGCGUAAAGAAGAAGGUAGGUGCGAUGGAUUUGGCCAUCGGUUGGGAAUUUCGCACCAAACACGAACCAAACGCUCAAACGUACAUGGACGGAUCGAAACCAUCGGUCGCACCACCCAUCUUUGAGGUGGUCGAACCGGCCAAGGACCUGAAUCUGCCCGCGGUGGUGCAUGCCGGCGGCGUGUUCUCCAACACCCUCGGUGAGGAGGACUUCUUCGAUCGGGACGUCAUUCGGCAGCACAAGCGCCUGGUACGGCCAACCUCCAAUCGCUGCAAAUGUGGCAACGGAUCGGCUCGUUCGUCAAAAUCUCCCAAUGCCACACGUCAGCAGCACCAGCAACAGCAGCAACAUCGCAAAAGCAGUGGCCACAGCAGUCAGGAUAGCCGCCGGGAGCAGACACAACAACGGAAACACCAGCAACCUGAGCAAUCCGGCACGACGGAGAUAAACAACAACAACCUGCCGGCGGUUCGUGGCUCAGCUCGAGGCCAUGGCAAAGAGUUGGCAGAGUUACAACGUCAUGGUGCCAGUGCCAGUUCGACAGAGCGUCGGAUGCACGAGGCUGCGGCCAAACACGCGGAACGCAUCGAACGAUUCUGUCACAAGUUCGCACCGGAGGACGAUCAUCAAUUUCCGUACAACUUUCACCAGGAGUAUCGGUGCGCGUUCAAGGCUGGCAUUCCGCAGAGCAACGUGUCGGGAACGCUGAGUAGCUUCGACACGGCACCAGGAGGACAACCGCGCAAACAAACCGACUACCGGAAGUUGCUGCACAUCCCGAAACCGCGGGAACCGUACACGAAGAAGAACUACGUGAUCGAUACGCUUGCGCCACCGUUCGCUUUUUGGAAGAAGGGUUCCGGCUAUCCGGACUACUGGCGGUUGAUCAGCGUGUACCAGCAGGCGUACAACAAACCGAUUGAGAAGCGGAAGUACCCGCUGCUGAAGACCGUGUACCAGUAA